AUGGUGGGUGCCCUCUCACCAGACAACGCGGUUGCCCUGCAGCCGAGCCGUGCGCUAGCGGCUGCCGCGGCAGCUGCCGCAGAGCCGCCGCCACACGAUCACAGCCGGCCAGCAUGGGCGCGGAUUGGGGCGGCUGCGGCUCUGCCGCUGCGGCCGCAUGUGGGUGACAUCGCUGUGCCACUGGAGCUAGAGCACAUUCAGAGGUGGGAGAGGGCGGCAGCGGCGAUUGCAGAGGACCACAGGUUUGAGAGGGAAGCAGCUGCGCAGCUGGCGCAGCCAGGGAGCCUGCCCACCGCUGACGUGGCAGCACAGCUUGUUCAGGACAUAAUGCAGCGCACCGCGGCAUCCGGCGGGGUUCCCUCCCAGCAGCUGCUGCAGAAGCUUGUCGAGCGCUGCGCAGAGAGUGGGUACUGGGAGGUGCUCCAUGGGCUUGCUGAGCAGAGGAACCUGGCCGCCUUCGAGCGGUGUCCCAGCUUAGUUGCCUCCAUGGCGGAGUCUGGCCAGUACAGACUGCUCGCCUGCGCUCUCUGCCAGGCUGUGGAUAUGUCACCUGCUGAUGUGGCGGCUGCGCUGGAGGUGCUGCUUGCCGAGCGCACGCGGUUCCCGAGGGAGCUGUGCGCGUGGCAGCGCCACUAUAGCGAGGCGGCUGAGUCAGCGGUGGCCGCUGCUGAGUCAUCCAUUGGCAUGGAGGGGCUCCACGAGGCAGCCCUGGCAUCUGCGCAGGCCGUUGUCGCAGCUGUUGAGGGCUUCACUCCGCAGGAGGUAUGCUUGCAUGCCAUGGUGGCGGGCGGCCAUGACAACGCCGUCGUUCUGGCGGCUCUGCGCAAGCUCAGGGCACCGCAGGUCCUCCGCCUCACGGCGUACCUCUCCAAAUGGGCCACGCACCAGCCCGGUGCGGUCUCGCAUCAGCCGUCGACGCUGCCGCUUGGCGUUGCGCUGCCGACGCUGGGCGACGCGCUGCGCUGGGCGGCUGCGGUACUCGACGCACAUUUCGUGACGCUGGCCGGCCAGCCUAAACAGGCUCUCACUGCCCUGCUGGCGCUGCAGGAGCAGGUGGCAGAUGAUGUGAAGGUGUCCCAGAAGGUUGCGGCGCUCGGGGGUGUGCUGGAUCACAUCAGCCGCCAGGCGCCUUUGCCCACGUUCUCAAGCGCAGCCGCGCAGGUCUACUCUGUUGAGCUGCUGGAUCUGCGCGUGCGCAGCGCCGGCUGAGAGCUCUAUCCUGGGAUCACUCCUUGUCAGGGAAACUCCGGAUUUUGUUUCACAGAGCCUUGUGUGAUAAAUUGAAGGCCCAUGACCGGCUGGGUUUUUCGCAAGGCAACCUCGUAGAGGUCUCAGUGGGAGCACAGUUGUAAGCAUUGCUUGGGAGUUUGUUUGGUGGCGAGGUAUGGAGCCUACUGAUUGCAAAGUGCAUGCUUGGUUGUUGAUCGAGAGCAAAUACAACGACAUACAUAUGUCUGGCAUCGGGCGGCGAAGGGACCCGUUUGUGAGCUUUUCGUGGAUAGCUUUAGACACAUUUGACUUUGCCUAGAGAAGAGUCAGAGUGUGGCAUGAGACUUCCAGUUCAUGUGCUUGAAAGGUCCCACAAGAGCUAUUACUGUAGGAUGCAUCCCUCAGAGGGAUCCUGUAGCAUAUAAUGUUUGAUCC